CAUCAUCCCCCGCGCUUGGGCUGAACGUUCUAUCGAGUCCAACCUAUUCUACAACAAUAGCAACGACAACGACACUACGACCCAACUAUCGCAACCGAGCAUCGCCACCAGAAGCAAUCAUCACCACAGUCCGCUCCAGUCGAUCCUCUCUGCCACCACUUCUCAACUCACACGAAACACCCCCACCUGUCUCCCGCGAGACUCACCCCCCCAAAAUCAGCAAUCAUAUCCCUCAAACAGCUCCUCCCAUCUUUCCUUCCUCGUUCCUCUACCUCGGAGUCCUCAUCCUACUCCUCCGCCUACGCCUCGAAAUCCGAUAUCUCAUCAUCGCUCUCAUCACUCAAUAACUUCACCGUUGCCGCGCGCGCUGCCCCGAAGAAGAUGAGCAUUGGCGACAUGGGAGGGCCUGCACCCUCAAAUUGUGGUGGACCCGACGAAUGGCUGGAGAUGGCAAAGAAAUGCAAAUACCUAAGCGAAGGCGACAUGAAGCGGUUAUGCGAGCUGGUGAAGGAGUGUCUGAUGGAGGAAUCCAACAUCCAGCCAGUUUCGACGCCCGUCACCGUUUGCGGCGAUAUCCACGGCCAGUUCUACGACCUACUAGAGCUCUUCCGCGUCGGUGGCGGCAUGCCCGAUAAGAUAAACUACGUUUUCCUCGGCGACUUUGUGGACCGCGGGUACUUCUCCCUCGAGACGUUUACGCUGCUCAUGUGCCUCAAGGCGAAGUAUCCCGAACGCAUCACGCUCGUGCGCGGCAACCACGAGAGUAGGCAAAUCACACAGGUGUAUGGGUUCUACGAGGAGUGCCAGAACAAAUACGGCAACGCGAGCGUCUGGAAGAGCUGCUGUCAAGUGUUCGACUUCCUUGCACUAGCCGCCAUCAUCGAUGGAAGCGUGCUAUGUGUUCAUGGAGGCCUGAGCCCCGAGAUAAGAACUUUGGAUCAGAUUCGAGUUGUCGCGCGUGCACAAGAGAUCCCGCACGAGGGUGCGUUCUGUGAUCUUGUGUGGAGCGAUCCAGAGGAUGUCGAGACAUGGAAUGUGUCACCGAGAGGAGCAGGCUGGUUGUUCGGUGACAAGGUCGCCACAGAGUUUAACCAUGUCAACGGCCUGUCUCUGAUAGCAAGGGCGCAUCAACUUGUCAACGAGGGCUACAAGUAUCAUUUCAAAAACAAGGACGUCGUGACCGUGUGGUCGGCACCAAACUAUUGCUACCGCUGCGGAAACGUUGCUAGCAUCAUGCAACUGGAAGAGGACCUGACGCCACGGUUCACGAUCUUCCAGGCCGUACCAGAUGAUCAGCGGAUGGUGCCACAGGGACGGACUGGAAGGAGCGAGUAUUUCUUGUAGUUGAUCUUUCUUUGCGUUUUUUGGUGUGCGGUAUAUCUUUUUCUCAUGAGAUUUCUGGCGGUGGGUGGGGGCGGGCUACUUUGUUUUUCGUGCUCAAAUGUCUUUUUUUUGCUUUUGCUUUUG